AUGGGUGAUAAGAGACAAAUCACCGCUGUAUUUGGAGCGUCAGUCAGUGGAGAAUUUUUACCACCCCAGUUAAUUUAUACUGGGAAAACUCCAGCUUGUCACCCAAACGGUGUCACUUUCCCAGCAGACUGGCACAUUACCCACACUGAAAACCACGAGGCAAAUGAAAGCACAAUGAAGGACUACAUUACUAAAGUCAUUGUGCCAUACAUUGAGAAGAUUAGGUCCCAAUUACCACAAAGGCAUGUCACAUCUCCACAGCCAGCCUUUGUCAUUUUUGACAUUUUUAAAGGUCAGAUGUGCCAGUCUACCAUUGACCUCUUAAUGGAUAAUAACAUUCAUUUUGUACAUGUGCCACCAAAUUGUACCAAUAGGCUACAGCCAUUGGACAUAUCAGUGAACGAACCUUGCAAGGAUUUCAUAAGGAACAAGUUCAUUGAGUGGUACUGA